AUGUCUGCUCCAUAUAUCCCUUACCGCCUCGACGGCAAAGUCGCUCUGGUUACCGGUUCCGGACGAGGGAUCGGCGCAGCUAUUGCUACUGAGCUUGGCCGGUGUGGAGCGAAAGUUGUUGUCAACUAUGCCAACUCCAAAGAAUCGGCAGACAAAGUCGUGGCCGAGAUCAAGUCCUUUGGAACCGAUGCCGUUGCUUUCAAGGCCAAUGUCAGGAACGUCCCAGAGACUGCUAAGCUGAUGGACGAUGCCGUUGCUCACUUCGGUGGACUCGACAUUGUUGUCAGCAACUCCGGUGUCGUGAGCUUUGGACACUUCGGAGAUGUGACCGAGGAAGAAUUCGACCGCGUGUUUAGUUUGAACACCCGUGGCCAAUUCUUCGUUGCCCGUGAGGCAUACCGUCACCUCAAUGAGGGUGGUCGGAUUAUCUUGACAUCUUCCAACACAUCCCAGGACUUCAGUGUUCCGAACCACUCCAUCUACUCUGGUUCCAAGGGUGCAAUUGACUCCUUUGUGCGAAUCAUGUCCAAGGAUGCCGGGAAGAAGAAGAUUACCGUUAACGCUGUGGCACCCGGUGGCACAAUGGCUGCACAUGCCUCUCCAUUGGUCCGCAAUGGAUGGCCCAAGGAUAUCGCACAUGUUGUUGCCUUCAUUGCCAGCAAAGAGGGCGAGUGGAUCAAUGGCAAGUCCAUCACGAUUGACGGUGGUGCCAAAUGA